CACUUCCAGAAGCUCAACUCUCGCGAGAUUGAGUUCCAGGAAGUUCCACGUCAGUGUCCAGUGCUCCGUUCACUGAAGUCGCAGCAUUUGGACCCAGAUUACAACUGUUCGCUUCUCAUUUAAGGGAUCUUAUUGUGACAACACGGGGAUAAAACAUGCCUCUUAGGCUGGACAUCAAGCGGAGGCUGACUGCCAGGUCAGACCGAGUGAAGAGUGUGGACCUUCACCCAACUGAGCCAUGGAUGCUGGCCAGUCUGUACAACGGCAGUGUCUGUGUGUGGAACCACGAAACACAGACUCUGGUCAAGACCUUUGAGGUGUGUGACCUCCCUGUCAGAGCUUCUAAGUUUGUGGCAAGGAAGAACUGGGUCAUUACAGGAGCGGAUGACAUGCAGAUCCGAGUGUUCAACUACAACACGUUGGAGCGUGUCCACAUGUUCGAGGCCCACUCUGACUACAUCCGUUGCAUCGCCGUCCAUCCGACCCAGCCUUACAUCCUUACCAGCAGCGAUGACAUGUUGAUCAAGCUGUGGGACUGGGAGAAGAAGUGGUCGUGCAGCCAGGUGUUUGAGGGUCACACUCACUAUGUCAUGCAGAUUGUCAUCAACCCCAAGGACAACAACCAGUUUGCCAGUGCCUCCCUGGACAGGACCAUUAAGGUUUGGCAGCUAGGCUCUUCGUCUCCCAAUUUCACUUUGGAGGGUCACGAGAAAGGAGUCAAUUGUAUUGACUACUACAGUGGAGGAGACAAGCCCUACCUCAUCUCAGGGGCUGAUGACCGCCAAGUCAAGAUCUGGGACUACCAGAACAAGACCUGUGUUCAGACUCUGGAGGGCCACGCCCAGAACGUCUCUUGUGUCAGCUUCCACCCUGAGCUGCCCAUCAUCAUCACUGGAUCAGAGGACGGUACGGUGCGUAUCUGGCACUCGAGCACUUACCGCCUGGAGAGCACUCUGAACUACGGCAUGGAGAGAGUGUGGUGUGUGUGCGGCCUCAGGGGCUCCAACAAUGUGGCACUUGGCUACGACGAAGGCAGCAUCAUUAUCAAGGUUGGUCGGGAGGAGCCGGCAAUGUCUAUGGACACAAACGGAAAAAUCAUCUGGGCUAAACACAGUGAGAUACAGCAAGCCAACCUGAAGGCCAUGGGCGACGCUGAGAUCAAGGAUGGAGAGAGGCUGCCAUUGGCUGUCAAAGACAUGGGCAGCUGUGAGAUUUACCCCCAAACCAUCCAGCAUAACCCUAAUGGAAGGUUUGUUGUGGUGUGCGGGGACGGAGAGUAUAUCAUCUACACUGCUAUGGCUUUGAGGAACAAGAGCUUCGGCUCAGCGCAGGAGUUUGCCUGGGCACACGACUCGUCUGAAUAUGCCAUCAGAGAAAGCAACAGUAUCGUCAAAAUCUUCAAAAAUUUCAAAGAAAAGAAAUCCUUCAAGCCUGACUUUGGAGCUGAAGGGAUCUAUGGAGGUUUCUUGCUUGGGGUGAGGUCAGUGAACGGCCUGGCCUUUUAUGACUGGGAGAACACAGAGAUGGUCCGCCGCAUCGAGAUCCAGCCCAAACACAUCUUCUGGUCAGACUCUGGUGAACUGGUCUGCAUCGCCACAGAGGAGUCCUUCUUCAUUCUGCGUUAUAUGUCAGAGAAAGUAGCUGCUUCUCAGGAGAACAAUGAAGGAGUGACCGAGGAUGGUAUUGAAGAUGCCUUUGAGGUCCAGGGAGAGAUCCAGGAGAUUGUGAAGACUGGGCUCUGGGUAGGAGACUGUUUCAUCUACACCAGCUCUGUGAACAGACUCAACUACUAUGUAGGAGGAGAGAUCGUCACUAUUGCUCACCUGGACAGAACCAUGUACCUGCUGGGUUACAUACCAAAAGAUGACCGUCUAUAUUUGGGAGACAAGGAGCUCAACAUUGUCAGCUACUCCCUGCUGGUCUCCGUCCUGGAAUAUCAGACUGCCGUAAUGAGGAGGGACUUUGGGAUGGCUGACAAGGUGCUCCCCACAAUUCCUAAAGAGCAGCGGACCAGGGUGGCCCACUUCCUGGAGAAACAGGGCUUCAAGCAGCAGGCGCUGGCUGUGUCCACAGACCCAGAACACAGGUUUGAGCUGGCGUUGCAGCUGGGAGAGUUGAAGAUCGCCUACCAACUGGCUGUGGAGGCAGAGUCGGAGCAGAAGUGGAAGCAGUUAGCGGAGCUGGCUAUCAGCAAGUGCCAAUUCGGCCUGGCCCAGGAGUGCCUGCACCAUGCCCAGGAUUACGGCGGCCUGCUCCUCCUCGCCACAGCCUCCGGUAACGCCACGAUGGUGGGCAAGCUGGCCGAGGGGGCAGAGAAGGACGGCAAGAACAACGUGGCCUUCAUGACCUACUUCCUGCAGGGGAAUCUGGAUCAGUGUUUGGAGCUUCUGAUCAGGACGAACCGACUGCCUGAAGCUGCCUUCCUGGCUCGUACCUACCUGCCAAGUCAGGUGUCCCGCGUGGUUAAAUUGUGGAGGGAAAACCUGGCUAAGGUCAACCAGAAGGCGGCCGAGUCCCUAGCAGACCCCACAGAGUACGAGAAUCUGUUCCCCGGGCUGAAAGAAGCCUUUGCAGCGGAGCAUUAUCUCCGAGAGUCCUGCUUGGGCACCACUAGGCCUGCCAAAGAAUAUCCUCUCGUCACGCUCAACGAAGACAGGAAUAUUCUUGAGGAGGCUCAGGGAUACGAGCCCAAAGGAACCUUCAUUCCUAACGUCCCCAAGACGCAGGCUAGCGAGGAGUCGGUGGCAGCAGCUCCCGUCGCUGCAGCAGUAGUAGCAGUAGCAGCUGUGACGUCUUCACAGCCUGAACCUGCUGCUCCUACAGCAGUGGUCAAAGAAGAAGAAGAGGAGGAGGAUGAAGAAGAAGAAGAAGAAGAGGAGGAGGAGGAGGAGGAAGAGGAGGAGGAAGUCCCUGAGUCACAAAAAGAGAAUCUGGACGAGCUGGAAGUGGACCUGGACAACAUGGAGCUGGACGACAUCGACACCACAGACGUUAACCUCGAUGAUGACUUUCUAGAUGACUGAGACCACUCUGCUCCUCUGCACUCUUCAGAGCUUAUUUAAAAACAAAAAAAAGACAGAGACCAAACACCCUUUCCCCCUUUUUUUGUAUUUGUACGUAAAAAUAUUAUAUUGUCAUGUCCACCUACUGCAGUGGCAGGAUUUAAAUAGAUUAUGAUUAUGAUGAUGAUGAUGAUGAUGAUGAUGAUAUCAGUAAUGUUUUAUUCUCAGAAGACCAGUAGACACGUCAUGUCUAUUUCAGACUCUCCAUUUUGUACACCAUUUAUUGAUUGUUUGAGAAACUUUCACUAACUGUCCAUUCAGCGAUAUGGUAUAUUCACUCUUUGCUUUGUGGUCUGUAAUGGGGAAUCAACAUUCAUUCAGUCAGUCCAAUAAACUGAGGUUGCUGUACAUAUUCA